AUGGUCCGAUCCCCCUCCGACCUGCCAAACUCUGUGCUCGCAAUCUACGCCGUGGAGGGCGGCGAUGUCUUCCCUUCGUCCUGGCGCCAGCAUAACCAGAGUCAGGACGGCAACAAUGGAGGAGAAGCGUGCCACGAAACUCUUCAGGCGCCGCGGGGCACUCGAAUCACCCUGGACUAUCUCCACUCCGGCCCUGUCUAUCGGGUGCCGCGGAGUCCCUGGACGCAAUCCACGUACACACUUGCAUUCGUGGCCAGCGCCAGGUUUCGCGUAGGGGUUCCAGGGCUGCAUGACAUGAUUGAUGACACCGACACCGACUCCCACGAGUAUCAGAAAUACUAUGGCAGUUUCCAGAACGCAGAGCUAGAAACACCGUGUCGUGUUGAGUCGAAUGUGUCGGCUCCAUCCAUGUCAUGUCAGAUCCAUCUGGCGCAGGCUGCACAGCCCGCAGCUGCGCUACGGCGAGAGCUAAAGCUGGCGCUGUCACUGGCGGAUGAACACUCCCGGCGCGCUUCACCCAGCGGGCUCCUGGCUAGCCGGACGACCCCCACCUCCGUCCGCUUGUCACGCUAG